AUGCAAUACGUUGGCAAAGUAGGAGGUUAUGUUUAUAAUCAAUGGAAUUCAUUGAACCCAGCCACUUUAUCUGGAGCAAUUGAUAUUAUAGUUAUAGAGCACCCUGACGGGACAUUGCACACAUCUCCUUGGCAUAUUCGAUUCGGUAAAUUCCAAAUAAUCAAACCAUCUCAAAAAAAGAUUGAUUUAUAUGUUAAUGACAUCAAGACUAAUUUGCCGAUGAAAUUAGGUGAUGGAGGCGAGGCCCAUUUUGUUUUUGAGGUUGAUGACAAGAACCAUGCCUUAUCACACAGUGUGUUGACUUCACCGAUUAUCUCACCGGUAUCGUCACCAGGAUCUUCACCGGCCAGCACAGCUGCUGAACCACCGGACGAUUUGGAUUUAAAUGAAAAUACCAAUGUCGAAGAGAGAAUCAAAUUGAGUGACAUUCCUAGUCCAAGAUCAAAGAGUCCUACACCAUCUUUGAAAACCAAAAUAGCAUUUGAAAACGCAAAAAAAAUCACACAGAAAUUAAAUAUACCUACCAAGUUUGACUUGAACGGUGACAUGGUUAUUGAUUUGGAUGGAUAUAAGCCUAAUUCACAAAAGAACAUUGAAAACUCGGAUGAAUUGUUCCAAAAGAUUUUUUUUGAAGAAAUUGAAGGUGAAUAUCCCCAAGGAGAAAAAAUCAAGGCUUGGGAACAGUUUAUAACUAGAGACGAAAAUGGCCACUACAGAAUAUCUAAUACAGGUGAAUUUGAUAGUGGUGAAACAGAAGAUGAGUCGACUGCCCCAACUACUCUCACUACAGCGACAACAACUUCGCUAAACGCAUUUUCUACAGAAUCGUCUGACUCCGAUAAGACGUACUUUAAAACACUCAGGUUGACGUCUGAUCAAUUGUCGAAAAUGAAUUUGCAUUAUGGGGAAAAUUCACUUAAAUUCAAAGCCAGUGAUGGGAAUUCCCAAGUAACUGCAAAUCUUUAUCUCUGGAAAUCGACGACGCCAAUAGUUAUAUCCGAUAUAGAUGGUACCAUUACAAAGUCAGAUGCUUUAGGACAUGUAUUGAACUUGAUUGGUCGUGACUGGACCCACCCUGGAGUCGCUAGCUUGUUCCAAGAAAUUCGUCAGAAUGGGUACAAUAUUGUGUAUUUAACAGCUAGGUCUGUUGGUCAGGCUGACACAACAAGACAGUAUUUGCAGGGCGUUAAUCAAGAUGGAAUCAAAUUACCUCCUGGUCCCGUCAUAUUAAGUCCAGAUAGAACCUUUGCAGCUUUGCGCCGUGAGGUGGUGUUGAAGAAGCCUGAAGUGUUCAAAAUGGCAUGUCUUUCUGAUAUAAAGAACUUGUAUUUUGAACCAAUUGAAGGAAACGACGACGAUGAGCACACUCCAUUCUAUGCUGGAUUUGGUAAUAGGAUCACUGAUGCUAUUAGUUACAGAUCUGUGCAUAUACCCCUGCAUCGUAUUUUCACAAUAAACCCCAAUGGUGAAGUUCAUAUGGAAUUAUUGGAAUUGGCUGGUUACAAGUCGUCGUAUUUACAUAUUGGUGAGUUGGUUGAUCAAUUUUUCCCACCCAUUAGACAAGUGAGUUCGAUUUCAUCGUAUUGGAAUAAUGCUCAGUGGAAUGAGUAUAUGCAAAAUCAUCGUACUCCAUCUCCACUUGGAUCUCCAAGAUCGCCCGGGUCACCAAGAAGUGUUAUGGAAGAGUUUAAAACUGAUGAGAAAUUUAAUGAUGUCAAUUAUUGGCGUGAGCCUUUAGAUCUCGAUAAUUUGUCUGAUAGUGAAGAUGAUGUACAAGGUUUAAAGCAGGCAGUUGCUGAAAAGAAUGAUAUUCCGUUGAAGAAAAACGAGAAAUUGAGUCAUGGAAUGAUUUUAAAUCAGGACAAGGAGCAUAAUAAUAAUCCAGAAUUACUUGAAAAAUCAAGGGACAGGGCAUCUACUAUUGAAAGACCAACCUCGGGUUCUUCAUUUACAUCCCCGUUGAAAAGUUUUAUGAUGUUUGGUAAGAAAAAGGAUAAUAGGAAAGAUGAUGAUUCUGAGUAUAAUAGUGAAAAGGUGGCAGAUGGCGAGUUUACUGAAGAGGAUGUCGAGGUUGAUGAUAUUGAUGUUGACGAGGAAGAUGAUGAUGAUUAUACUGAUGAUGACUACGAAGAAGAUGAUUACGAUGAAGAUGAAGAUGACGACUAUGAAGAAGAUGAUGAUGAUGACGAGGAGGAUGACGAUUAUGAUGAUUAUGAUGACGAAGAGAUCGAUGAAAUUAUAGUCCCUGACUCGCCGUUAUUGGACAUUGAUGAAGACAGUAAGUCUGAAAAUAACUCAAAAGAAUUAAGACCAGAAGAUGUUGACAAAUUGCGUAUAUAG